UCUUUUCAUUUCUACUCCGAGUGAGUUGACGCAGACACCAAGAUUCUUAUGUUUUAAAAUGAAAACUAAUUCAGGUGAUUUUUUUUUUUCCAGGUGCUUGUGGUUCAUGCUCGAGGUGUUGAUGACAAAGAAUGAGAAUAACAGUCACUCGUUCCUGAGGAAGAUGGUAGAGAACAUCAAACAAACAAAAGAUGUUCAGGCCCCAGACGACCCAAAGGCAAACGAGAAACUUUACAUUGUGUGUGAUGUGGCAUUAUUUGUGAUCGCGAACAAGAGCACUUCAUGUCAUCUGGACUCCCCGAAAGAUCCUGUGCUGCCUAGCAAUUUCUUUACACCACCUGAUAAGGAUUUUAUCAAUGAUAAGGAAUAUCUGUCACCAGAAGCUAAAUUAGUUCUGCAGACAGGGAAAAUCCAGCAACCACCAAAGCAGACAGGCGUGCUGGGGGCAGUGAACAAACCUUUAACGGUAACAGUUCGCCGACCGUACAUUAAAACCACCACCUCUGACACUGGAAGCAAUGCAAGCACCAACUCCCAACCCAACUCGCCUGCGACAAAUAAGAGCAGGGAUGUGAGUUCUGAGGCCUCAGAGACGGGGGCGAGAGAGAACGAAGAGAAUCCAGUCAUCACAAAAGCAGGAGGUGUAAAGAAGGAGGAGGCAGCUCAGCCCAGUGGGAAGAAGCGUGCUGCUCCUGCAAGUGACGGCACAGAGAACAGCGUGUCUUCAAACGCCUCGGCAGGGUCACAGCCCCCUGCCAAUAAACCCCGACGCGGUCGACCCCCGAAAAACGCUGCAGGCGUGGCCACACCGGAUAAAGAGGCUGGAGCUACGACAGGAGGAGGGGUCGGACGAGGCCGGAAGAGAGCAGCACCUGCUCAGGAUCCCGACAGCACAGCCUCAGCUGAUCCAAUCGGUGUCAAGACACCAAAACAGCAGAAAGAAGCAGAACCGAAAAGAGCGACGCCACAGAGACAGAUUGACCUGCAAAGAUUAGUGAGGGUAGCACAGCGAGAUCAGCAGGCGUCUCAGAAGACAUAUGGAAGUGAAGGGGAGACAGAGAGAGAAGUCGAGUCCAGCCCAGAGUAUGUACUCUGGCUCACAAAGCUACAGGAGCAGCAGGAAGAAGGAGCCCUUGACAGGUGGCUCAGGGGUGCAGCAGGUCCCAAACAGAGAGAAUCCACCCAUGCAGCAGAGCAGGGCGAGCCGAGCCGUCAGUGAGUGUCUGAGAGAGAG